CCGGAGCUGAGUGAGAGCACAGGGGAUGCUGAGCCCCGAGCCUGCUGGCCGCGCGGAGGAAGGGCGGCCUGGUGGCACCGGGCCUCUCUGGGGCUGAUGCCGCUGCCCCGGGGGACUCCAGGACGCGCUCUCUGAGGCUCUCGCCCGGGCGGCCCGAGGGGUGCGCCGCCCCCGGGGACCAUGCCAGAGGUGCUCCUGCUCAGGGGCGCCGGCUCCAUCCUGAGGACCGCGUUCUUAAGCAGACUGCCGCCCGGCGGGCCCAGGUGUGUCUGCAAACUUAGUUUGCACGCGCGGUCCCUGCGAGGCGCGAGGCCGCAUGCGAGAAGCAGCUCCCUCACUGACGGGCACACACUCUCCAAAGAGUCCCUAAGCCACGCUCUCGACCUCUCGUCCCCGGAAAAGGCAAACGAUGCUCAGCCGAACUCCGCAGAGGAGGCGCUGUGGACGACGCGGGCCGACGGGCGGGUCCGCCUGCGCCUGGACCCCAGCUGCCCGCAGCAGCGCGCCUACACGGUGCACCAGAUGUUCUGCAGGGCCCUGGACCAGUACGGGCACCUCCCCGCGCUGGGCUUCAAGCGCCAGGGCUCCUGGGAGCGCGUCACCUACGCGCAGUACUACCUGCAGGCCCGCCGGGCCGCCAAGGGCUUCCUGAAGCUCGGCCUGGAGCGUGCGCACAGUGUGGCCAUCCUCGGCUUCAACUCCCCGGAGUGGUUCUUCUCAGCCGUGGGCACGGUGUUUGCAGGAGGCAUCGUCACCGGCAUCUACACCACCAGCUCCCCCGAGGCCUGCCGGUACAUCGCCCGGGACUGCCGCGCCAACAUCAUCGUGGUCGACGCACAGAAGCAGCUGGAGAAGAUCUUGAAGAUCUGGCAAGACCUGCCCCACCUGAAGGCGGUGGUGACGUACGGGGAGCCUCCUGUGGGGACCGUGGCCAACGUGUACACGAUGGAGGAGCUCAUGGAGCUGGGGGGCCAGGUGCCCGAGGAGGACCUGGACGCCGUCCUCAGCACCCAGCAGCCCAACCAGUGCUGCGCGCUGGUCUACACGUCCGGCACCACCGGCAGCCCCAAGGGCGUGAUGCUGAGUCAGGACAACAUCACCUGGACGGCUCGGUACGGCAGCCAGGCCGGCAGCAUCCAGCCCGCCGAGGUCCAGCAGGAGGUGGUGGUCAGCUACCUGCCCCUCAGCCACAUCGCCGCCCAGAUCUACGACCUGUGGACGGGCAUCCAGUGGGGGGCCCAGGUCUGCUUCGCCCAGCCCGACGCCCUGAAGGGGAGCCUGGUGGACACGCUGCGGGAGGUGGAGCCCACGUCGCACAUGGGGGUGCCCCGGGUGUGGGAGAAGAUCAUGGAGCGCAUCCAGGAGGUGGUGGCUCAGUCUGGCUUCAUCCGGCGCAAGAUGCUCCUGUGGGCCAUGUCGGUGAUGUUGGAGCACAACCUCAGCUGCCCCAGCAGUGACCUGAAGCCCUUCGCGGCCAGGCUGGCGGAUCACCUGGUGCUGGCCAAGGUCCGCCAGGCGCUGGGCUUCGCCAAGUGUCAGAAGAGCUUCUACGGAGCGGCCCCCAUGGCCGCCGAGACCCAGCGCUUCUUCCUGGGCCUCGACAUCCGCCUGUACUCAGGCUACGGCCUCAGCGAGACCUCGGGCCCCCACUUCAUGUCCAGCCCCUGCAACUUCCGGCUGUACAGCUCCGGCAAGGUGGUGCCCGGCUGCCGGGCGAAGCUGGUGAACCAGGACGCGGAGGGCAUCGGCGAGAUCUGCAUGUGGGGCCGCACCGUCUUCAUGGGCUACCUGAACAUGGAGGACAAGACGCGCGAGGCCAUCGACGCCGACGGCUGGCUGCACAGCGGGGACCUCGGCCGCCUGGACGGCGACGGCUUCCUCUACAUCACGGGGCGUCUCAAAGAACUGAUCAUCACGGCGGGCGGGGAGAACGUGCCCCCGGUGCCCAUCGAGGAGGCCGUGAAGACGGAGCUGCCGCUAGUCAGCAGCGCCGUGCUGAUCGGGGACCAGAGGAAGUUCCUGUCCAUGCUGCUGACCCUGAAGUGCACGCUGGACCCGGACACCUGCGACCCGACCGACACGCUGACGGAGCAGGCGGUGGAGUUCUGCCAGCGGGUGGGCAGCAGGGCCACGCGGGUGUCGGACAUCGUGGGCCGCAGGGACGAGGCCGUGUACCGGGCCAUCGAGGAGGGCAUCCGGCGGGUGAACGGGAACGCGGCCGCCCGGCCCUACCACAUCCAGAAGUGGGCGAUUCUCGAGCGGGACUUCUCCAUUUCGGGCGGCGAGCUGGGCCCCACGAUGAAACUGAAGCGGCUGGCGGUCCUGGAGAAGUACAAGGACGUCAUCGACUCCUUCUACCUGGAGUGAAGGUGCCGGGCCCCCCAGCGCCUCCGGCCCCCCUGCUCUGCGGCCGGGCGGGGCUGCUGGCCGGCUGUGAGGCCGGCAUCCACCUUCGGGGGCCGCGGGCCAGGCAGCUGGCCGUCCCGAGAAGCUUCCCGUGUGCGUAGUUGUAGUGUUCGGCGUCGCUGUGUGUUCAGGUGACAGACCGGCUCCCUCCAGCACUGAAGGGCCAAUAGCAGCUGGCGGGGGGGGGGGGG